UAUAUAGUGCUUGAGCUGGUUAUUAUUGUCAAUUCAAAGAUUAGGAACGUUUUGAUGAUAACAAGUUCAACUUUUGCUACCGGUGUGGUGUUGUUUGGUGUCUUUAGCCAUGCACUGAUAUAGCAAGCAAACACUCUCCGCACAGAUAGGGCACAGUUUACAGUUGAAAGUCAUCGCAAACAAGCUAACUGAAAGACUGCUGCGCAUCGAAAUCUUGUUCGAUACAAUAAAACCUGGCUAGUACAAAGAGCAAACCUCUAGUCGAAACUCUUCGCCUGUCGGUGAAAGGUGUGACGCUGUGAGAACCUGCACUUACAGAAAUGACACUGGACUCGGGAAAAUUCGUUUUAUUUGCGGGGAUUUUUAUCGUGGUGCUGGUGAAUUUGACUGAAAGUGGGCCAGUAGCACUGAGAAAUGCCGGAGACUGGGAUAGUGUGCCCUCAAUCGGCACCCACUUGGUAAGAAAACGUUCACCUACUGUGAACGAACGUCCGGGUUGCAAACAAGGAGCGAUUCCCUCACCUAACCGUGUCAACACCACACAACGACUCAUCGAUCUCCGGGAACAAAUGGCUACCUACAAAAUCUCGGCCUACAUUGUCACAAGCGACAAUGCCCACCAGGGAGAAGAGGUGUCACCCCAUGAUCACAGACGAGAGUUUAUUUGCGGCCUCAGUGGCAGCGCUGGAACGGCCGUUAUCACCAAAGAUGCUGCGGCCGUUUGGACUGACGGCCGUUACUUUUUGCAGGCCGAAAAUGAGCUCGACUGCAACUGGAUCCUAAUGAAGCAAGGCGAAGCUGGGGUACCAUCAAUAACGGGAUGGCUUAAAGAGGUCUUGGCUGACAGUGACGUGGUGGCCGCUGAUCCAACGCUUAUCGGCACAACCACUUGGCAAAGCAACGAGAAAGAACUGGCGCCCAUCACGUUUGAACCAUUGCUCACUAAUUUGAUCGAUGAAAUUUGGACCACUGGUCGACCGCCACUCAACGAUAAACCUGGAUUCGUUCUUCAUUUAAAUUAUUCGGGUGUGUCAUGGCAGGACAAAGUAGAAAGGCUAAGAGCGGAGCUGCCUAAACAAGGUGCUGACGCUUUAGUUAUCACAGCGCUGGAUGAAGUUGCCUGGUUGCUCAAUAUCAGAGGUUUCGAUGUGCCAAAUCAUCCAGUUACGUUGGCAUACAUGUACGUUUCAAUGGAUAAGCUCGUCCUUUUUGCCGAUACAAAUAAGAUUAACAGUCCUGAAAUGCAGACUCAUCUGACCGGUGUUACUCAACUACCUUAUAAUGAAUUCGUGGCUAAAUUAUCUGAACUGGCGGAAUCGGCUAGCAUGGUCCUCAUUCCUAGUCAGUUUGUCUACACGGGAGGAUCAAGUUACGCCGUUUACAAUGCUAUACCGGAAGGAAAGAGGUUAUUGAAAACCUCGCCAGUGUUGAUGAUGAAAGCCAUGAAGAACACAGUUGAAGCAGACGGUAUGAUGAACGCUCACCUAAAGGACGCUGUAGCUCUUUGCGAUGUGAUAUCGUUAAUGGUUGAAGAGAUGCCGAAAGGUGUGGCUUGGGAUGAGCUUAAAGUGAGCGCAGAGCUCCUCAAAUAUCGGGCUGAACAGAAAGUCAAUCAAGGCGCAAGUUUUACUACCAUCGCUGGAUAUGGUUCCAACGGUGCCAUCAUUCACUAUUCUCCAUCGGCAGAGACUAACAAGGUCAUUGGGAACACUAGCUUGUUCCUCCUGGAUUCGGGUGGCCAGUAUUAUGACGGUACAACUGACGUGACCCGUACGCUACACUUCGGAACCCCGACCGCCGAGCAAAAGAAAGCUUACACUCUUGUACUCAUGGGCCACUUGGAUCUUGCCCGUCUGGUGUUCCCUAGAACAUCUAAAGACGGACGUGUUGACGUAUUAGCCCGUGCUCCUCUUUUCGAACAAGGUCUGGAUUUCCUCCACGGUACCGGACACGGGAUAGGACAUUUCGGUAGCAUUCACGAAAGUCCAACGCGCGUUGCUAUUGGCAGCUCAGUGGAAAGCAAAUUUGAGGAAAAUUACUUCUUUUCUGAUGAGCCCGGCUAUUAUAAGGCAGGAGAUUUUGGAAUUCGUAUCGAAAGCAUUCUGCGUGUGGUCAAUACAACUUUUAAGACAGAGUUUCCAGACCGAUUUUUUCGCUUUGAGGCAGUAACUUUAGUACCUUUUGAAAGGAAGUUAAUUGAAAUUGACAUGCUGAACGAUGGUCAGAUCGAUUACAUAAAUGAAUACUACACGCUGAUCCGUAAGAAGGUUGGAGCUGAAAUGCAGAAACAAGGAAGAACUAGAGCUUACAAUUGGCUUAUGAGCCAAACAGAGCCACUCCAAUUGACUAUUGAUUCCGGAAAUGCUUCUGCUAUGAACAAACCCAUCGGGGUGGGAAUUUUGGCACAGGUUUUAAUUUCACUUUUACUAUCUUAUUAUAUUGUUAAAAAUUAAGACAAAUAGUGUUAGUGUACUCAAUAUACAUGUGGAAGCAUCAUGGAACUUGAUGCAGUGCAAUACAAGUUAAUGUACCAUAGCAAA